AUGAAGUUCAAUGGGCUCCUUAUAUUACUAUCGGCAUGGAAGUUUUGCAGUUGCGGUGAGGGCGACGCUCCAAAGGGCGCAAUUGGCUCCGACUCUCUGGCGGCUUCUGACGAGGCCACGGAUUCUGCGUCUUUUCUGACUCCUACGGCGCAGUACUCGGAGUUUGAGGUCGUCCUUGACAUUUCCGCGGAGAACAACCAGAAUGUGUCGCGAGGAAUGACGUACUUUGGAGGGAAUGAAGAGGUCUACUUUACGGCGCUUGAAAAGCAUCUAAUCGUCUCAAUUGUCGAUGGUUCGUGCCCUGUAUGGAGAGGCUGUUCGGGUGUGAGUUGCAGGAGCGCCAAAGUCUCGCGUACGGGGAGCCAGAGGCUCAUCUCGGUCUUUUGCGGAGGGAAUGGAAAGUACGACUACGAGUACUUUGGGACGAGCAACGACGGACGGUGGAUGAGGAUAAGCAGGGAGAGCUACAACAGGCUGAUUUCCGGGUCCAGUCAUGCCUCCAGCCAGGCAAACUCCAGGAAUGGCAACAUCGUUGAUGGAGAGCAUGACGUUCGACAGUCUUCUUCAUUAAAAACCCAUAGCCCUGGAGAACAUCGUAGGAUGCGUAGAGGGUCCAGUGGUGACAGGGAGUCUAGUGAUAGCUCCGAAACCUCGCAUUCACUCUCUGACAUCAUGCUGGACAUUACCGACCCAAUCCACUCUGGUUUGCUCAUUAGGGACCGGUUCAUCUGCGGGGUACGUCUAAGGACCUUUGUGGCAAUUGCGGGGUCGAGGAUUACGAGGGUUUUUGCUGGCCCGUUUAUAUUCUGGAGGUGCAAUGGCAGCGAUGUUCUGGACCUUUGCACCGAGCGUUCCAGGGGCAAAUACCACCUCUUGUUCCUGCGCGUCAUUGACAAAGAAGGGAACAGGACCAAUAGCUACUUUCAGGGAAUUGGCAAGUCCUGGUCCGAGGUUGAAGAAGACAAGUAUUAUGAACAGCUGGGGACCAUGGAGGACAGCUUUACCGUCGAAUCGGAGACUCCAAAGGCCGAGUCUCCCAGAGAUUACGGAGGAAUGAGGCAAGAAUCUGCCUCUCCAGAGCUAGACCUUGUUCUGGCAACAAAGCGACUUAUUAGCGGACUUACCGCCACGUUCACAUUGGACAUUGCAGCUCCAGAUACCUCAAAGAUACACCAAACGGAAGGUAUGCGAGAACAAAUCAAGGAAUUUGUCUACACUCCAAAGGAGGGUAUUUUUAACAAGGUAGUCGAUGGACAAGUUGUCCUGUGGACUGCAAAAGGGGACGAGGAGUGCGCUGAAGCCCAAGUCUAUGCACGAGGGAAAAAGAAACUCAUUAAAAUCCGCACACUCCUGAAUGGAAGAUCAGUGUUUGUCUGUUUUGGAAAGGACGCCAAUAUCUGGUCGCCACUCGUUGGAAGCGUCUUUUACAAGAAGCUCGUUGAGCUCCGACACGAUGAUACGGAAGAACACGAAACUCCGUCUGAACCUUGUGGAUUCCAAGUUUCCUCUCUUGUACUCCCACUUGCCGCAAUGCUCUGCAUGCUGGGGGUUUAA